AUGGUGUUCGGGGCUUGUCCUGUCCUUUCAUUCACUUCCCCUCCUUCCAGCCGGUGGGUGGAACCGAGAGAGCCUCUCCAGGGAGCAGCGUACGCAGUCCAGAAGGCUGCAGUAUUUCCUCCAAGAAAAAAAAAAAUAAUAAAGGCUGCUUCAGCCCCUGCUGCACGCAAAGUUCCGAUUCCCUCUGCUGGCUAUCUCGAAAAGCAGAGCGAUUCUCGCAGCGAAGCUGUUGCCGCGGCUACUGAACCCGGGAACUCAAAUGCUGGCGGUGGAUUAUUCCUUAUCCUUCCCUCCAUCUACCCCGCACAAGAGCUGCCUUCUCUUCUUUUCUUGCCAAGUUUCAAGGUCGGCUCUGUUCUCUCCAGCCCAGAGUUGCCUUUGCAAAUAAAAGGUCCCUGGUACGAAUCCAGCUUCCCAGUUGAGAAGAACAGAGAAUUGGGACCCCAUGGCCAAUACAGUGCCCAUCCAACCCUGGGGCAAUUGGCUUCAUCCAGGGGUCUGGUUAUGGCAGCUGUGCGCAUGCGUAUUCCCUGGAGAAAGUCCAUUUCAGUUCAUUUCCGAGUGCGGGGGAUGGAGCGAUACCCAGCCCAGAACAAGGCCCUUCCCUCGGAGAGUGUAUAUUCCCGUGGAGUGAUAAGGUGAUGAGUCAACAGGCAGUGUAACAUCAGGUGAUAGUGCUGCUGAGAAAUAUAAAGCUGAGUGAAAAGAAAUCGACUUACAGGGUUUCUAUUUUAAAUGGGGUAGUCAGGAAAUGCUCACCAAGGAAGAGCUCUGGGGUUGAGGGAAGGGUGUGGUCCACGCACUGGGUGCUGGACCAGUGAGAGGCCUUAGCGUGAAGCCGUGGCUCCCACGGAAGCUGCCCUGGCUCCUGUCCUGCCCCUGCUGCCUCUCUCUGCCUCCAUUUCCUCAGCCCUCCUGUGUCUGCACACAUCACAGAGCUGUAAGAGAAUUCAUCAAGACUAACAUGUGAAGCAUUUAUAACACCUUGGAACCUAUUGGAUCUGCUCAAUAAAUAUCAGUCUGCAUGUGCGGAAGAGCAUCCGAGACAGAGGGAACAGCAAAUACAGAAAGUCUGGCAGCAAGAAUGCAUCUUUGGUUUGCACAAGACAUGGCACAGGGACUGGAAUGGAACCAACGAAGAGCCAAAACUGUAAAAUGAAGCUGGAGAGGUACCGGGGCCAGAGCAUCUGAGUCGUGAUGAGAACUUGGUGGGGAAAGCCAAAUAGUGUUAAUAGAACAGCCAGGACUCUCUGCUGGCUGUAGCUCUUGUCGUCUUUGACUGCAGAAUGCUGUCCUCCUAAUGUCCGAUCGACAUUCAUCUAAAUUCUAAGACCUGUAAGAUCAAGAUCCUAGAUUGCUUCUGCCAGUUUUUCCUCUAUGGACAAAGGACAUCAGUAUUCUUUUAUUAAUAACUGACCUAGAUACUCCUUGAAGGGAAAGGAAUACUGUCUUAUUUACCAAUCAAAAGUCAAAUAAAUAACUCCUCAACCAAGCCAUAGCCCACUUAAAUGUAAAGUUCCAGCAUGUGUUGCAGCUAUCAGCAAUUUCUACACAAAUUGCCACUUUCUAAAAUGCUAUUUUAGUUCAUGGAUUAUUAUUAUGUUCUGGGCAUCAACUGUCAUUAGCCUAAGCACAUUCAUUGAACAUUUAUAACUUUCCUUAAAUAAUACAAAGAUGGCUUACCUUUCAUGAGAAUUGUACAAUCUGUGUUUUAUUUAUAUAUUUUGUUUUUUUCCCUCAGAGAUACCAGUAGCCAUUGCAAGUCAGAAAGCAAGAUAUUCAUUUCAGAAAUAGCUUUUAUAUCAUGUCAGCUCUGUGGGAACAGCAGCAAUUGCUAUUUAAAUGAUCAAGUUAAGAGAUACCUAGUUGAAGGCAUUCUCUAAAUCAGAAGUCAGCUGUAUCCCAUUUGCGGACUACAUCAAGCGGCAUGGAUUCCUGUAGAUUCACCUGAUCACAGUGCAAACUGGAGAGGCACUCAUUUAAGACACACACUUGGCUAAUAGAUUGAGAUGAUGGCUCAGACAUACCACCUGGAAGUAGAAAAGUAAUGGUACUUAAAUGAGGGUCAUUUGGGUAAAGAUGGAGGACUUUCUUCUGGUUUGCCCUUGACUGAUCCACUCAAAGAAGAGCUGGGUCCUCUUUGGGUGAUUUAUGUUUUAAAUUACAAAGACUUAGUCAAAAGCAAAAAAGGAACAGUAAAGAUAUAAGGAAAAACCAUGAUUGUACUAUCUUUGAAAGCAAACAUUCUAUUCAAUCUUUAAGAAAAACAUUAAUGACCUUGAAAAAAGAAAAAUAUAUAUAAAUAUAUAUUUUAAUGUUGGCAUUUCUUGCCCUCUUUAUUCAAAUUUGUGAAAUCCCUUUCCAAUGCAGCAGUUGCCAAAGGGGUAUUAAACAUAAAAAUUUGUUUUAAAAAAAAGGACAAGAUAGUAGAGUUCAAAUUCCAACAUUAAAGCAGUCUAACAACUUACCUCUCUCCUACUGGAGACUUAUCAGUGGUUUAAGAAAAUACCUGAGACAACUUAGGAGAAAGAAUAUUAGUGAUUCAAGCAUGUGCAGUCCGAAUUUAAACUAUAAUCAAAGGUAAAAGUAUAAAUGUAGGUACAGACAAUAAAAAUUGGCCUUGGAAGAAACUGCCAAGCCUCAGGGCAAAAUUAUAAUGGACUAUGUAAUUCAAGACAGUUAAUCAAGUAGAAAAGCAAGAAUAAUUUAAAACAAUGAACAUUAUUAACUUCAACAAAGUUGAAGAUUGAGCAUCUGCUUUGUGCCUAAAUAAUCAAGUGAACCAAUAUAAUAAGUAUUAUCACCCUUGUCCUCAAGUACACUUAGUAACUCACUCUCAAACUACCAGCCAUUCAUAAAUGACCUUAACAUUUUUCUCAUAUUUGAGCACCAAUUCAUAACAAUAGUUAUUAAAAGUUUUCUUUAAGUUAACUUCAUUUUUUUCUGGAAUGCAUAUCUUAUUAUAAUUCCAAGCAAUAAUAGACAUGAAUGGUCAAGUUCAUUUAGCUUCUAUUAUAUAGUUUUUUAAAAAAUGCACACUAUCCUCUCAUUCUAUACACAUUUUUCAUAGCAUUUAAUGCUGUUGUAGGAACAUCUGGUUCUUUUUAACCACUAAGAUUACCAAGAUCCCCAGUUCUCUAUUUCACUGAAAGUAGACAAGACUAUAUGACUUGCUAUAGCCAAUAAAAUAUGAAGCAGAGUGACAUACGUAAAAGCUUUCAACGCUGCUGUUUGAUCCUUCUUUCUGCCCAGUCUUAUUUGAUGCAAGCAAGGGCCAGUAUGGAGGAAGCAUGUUGGAGGGUUGAGAACAGCUGCUUUGAAUAGUCACCUGGACCAGCCAUUGACUUGUCAUGAGCAAGAAAUAAACCUUUAUUCUAUUACACUAUUGAGAUUUGGUGACUCGACACAGCAUCACCUAGCCCACCCUUGCCAAUAUGACAUUAUUUAUAGUUUGACUCUAUAUUUGUUAUUUUCUUGUUUGAGUAUCUCCCCCACUAAUACCUGAGCUCCUCAAGGGCAAAAAACUUACCUUUUUUGUUCACUGUGAUAAUCCGAGCACCUAGAACAGUCCUUGGGAUUUAAUACACACUUAAUAAAUGUUUGUUAAAGAAAUAAAUGAA